CCUCCCCCUUCUCCAACGUCGCCGGGACUCCUCCAAAACGCCGUCGUACCAACCCCCUCCCCCUUUCAAACACAUGAAGCAGAAACCCUAGAAUUCCAAAUUCGCCCAAUUUAUCCGCCUCUGAAGAAACAAUUCUGCUUUCUCGUGCUCAAUUUCGAUCACAGGUAUGGAAGAGGGGAAUAUGGGACAACGUGGGGGAGUAACGGAUGCUGGUCAUGAAAAUUAUAAUAAUGGUGGAUCAAUGGAUGCUUUUGGAAGCUCUCUGGUUCAAGAUGAGGGUCGAAGUUUUCCGGAGCCGCAUAUCGGGAUGGAAUUCGAUUCCGAAAAUGCAGCCAAGAUGUUUUAUGCAGACUAUGCUAGGGAUAUGGGGUUUAGCAUUCGAGAGCGCUUUGACCGGUCAAAGGCCCCUGCCAUGGGAACCUCCCAAGAAUUUUUAUGCUGCAAGGACGGAAUGAUGAAAGGAGAUCGUGCGGGCUGUGGGGCAAUGCUUAGAAUCGAGUCAAGGGGAGAAAAAAAGUGGGUUGUGACAAAAUUUGCAAAGUUGCACAGUCACACCGUUGUAAACCACAGUAAGUUGCAUUAUCUCAGGCCUAAGAGACAUUUUGCUGCCACGGCAAACAAUGUAGCGGGAAAUUUCCAAGGCAUGGAUGUAGUGCCUAGUGGUGUGAUGUAUGUGUCUGUGGAUGGAAACAGUAUCCCUGCAGAAAUGAAUCAUGCAGGGAAGACUAUGCCUGCUUCAGGAGGAUUAACUCAUACUGGGAAGAACAUCGGCUCGUUAGGCAAUUCCAGUCGAAGAACAUUGGGUAGGGAUGCACAGAAUCUCCUUGAUUAUUUCAAGAAAAUGCAGGCUGAGAACGCCGGAUUUUACUAUGCAAUACAGCUCGAUGAAGAGAAUCGCAUGGCGAAUGCUUUUUGGGCAGAAGCUAGGUCGAGGACAGCUUACAGUCAUUUUGGAGAUGCUGUUGUUCUGGAUACAACGUACAGAUCGAAUCAGUAUAAAGUACCCUUUGCCCCAUUCACAGGGGUGAAUCAUCAUGGUCAGACAAUUUUGUUCGGUUGUGCCCUGCUUCUAGACGAAUCCGAAGCGACAUUUGUGUGGCUGUUCAAGACAUUUCUGGCUGCUAUGAAUGACCGUGCCCCUGUAUCGCUGACUACAGAUAAGGACAGAGCUAUACGAGCUGCAGUUGCACAGGUUUUUCCAGAAGUUUGCCAUUGUGUAAACAAGUGGCAUGUGUUAAGAGAAGGUCAAGGGAGAAUGGCUAAUGUGUGUACGGUGCAUCCUAACUUUCAAAUGGAGCUCUAUAACUGCAUCAACAUGACUGAGACCAUUGAGGAAUUCGAAUCGUUUUGGGUAUCUAUCCUUGACAAGUAUGACCUGAGGAGAAAUGAUUGGCUUCAGUCGAUAUAUGAUGCUCGCACGCAAUGGGUGCCUGUUUAUUUUCGAGACUCCUUCUUUGCUGCCAUGUUUCCUAGUCCGGGUUUCGAGAGCUCGUUUUUGGAUGGCUAUGUGAAUCAACAAACCACUUUGCCAAUGUUCUUCAGACAGUAUAAAAGAGCCGUAGAGAAUUCAUUCGAGAGGGAAGUUGAAGCUGAUUUUGAUACAAUAUGCACCUCCCCACUGCUAAGGACCCCUUCCCCGAUGGAAAAACAGGCUGCCAACCUGUACACAAAGAGAAUAUUCUUGAAAUUUCAAGAGGAGUUAGUUGAGACAUUUGUAUAUACUGCAAAUAGAGUGGAUGGAGAUGGGCAUAAUAGUACAUACAGGGUUGCGAAAUUUGAGGAUAACCGCAAAGCCUACUUUGUAUCGCUGAAUAUUGCGGAAAUGAAAGCAAAUUGUAGCUGUAAGAUGUUUGAGUAUUCUGGCAUCCUAUGUAGACACGUUUUGACAGUGUUCACCGUAACAAAUGUACUUACCUUGCCAUCCCAUUACAUAUUAAACCGAUGGACAAGAAACGCUAGAAACGCGGUUAAUCUAGCUGACGAAUGCAGUGAGCUACAGGGUAAUGAAUCUCUGACCACAAGAUAUAACAAUUUAUGCAAGGAAGCAAUCAGGUUUGCCGAAGAAGGAGCAAUAACAUCAGAGACGUAUAGUGCAGCACUUAUUAGUCUCAGAGAGGGAGGAAAAAAGGUUGCUAGUGUUAAAAAAGGUGUGGCAAAAAUUGCACCUUAUAGCUCACAGGUUAGUGGAGUUGGUUAUGAUGAUCGAAGAACAUCCAUAGCGAAUCAAGAAACGACCCCUCUUCUAUGGCCAAGACAAGAUGAAAUAAUGCGACGCUUUAAUCUUAACGAUGCUGGUGUUUCUAGUCAACCCAUUCUCGAUUCAAGUGGUCCACUCAUGGCGCCAGUUUCGCUUAACCGCGAUAGUGGCCAAACCGACAUGUUGGUUGUACCUUGUCUUAAGACGAUGACAUGGGUAAUGGAGAAUAAGAACUCGACUCCAGCCAAUAGAGUGGCUGUAAUUAACCUGAAGUUACAAGAUUACGGCAGGACUCCUGCAGGAGAAUCGGAGGUAAAGUUUUCAUUGUCGAGGGUAUCAUUGGAGCCCCUAUUGAGGUCCAUGGCUUACAUCAGCGAACAGCUCUCGACCCCUGCCAAUAAAGUUGCUUUCCUUAAUUUGAAGCUUCAAGAUACGGAGACAAUGUCAGGAGAAUCAGAAGUGAAAUUCCAGGUUUCGAGGGAUACUUUAGGCGCAAUGUUGAGAUCAAUGGCGUACAUUCGCGAGCAGCUAUCGAAUCCAAUGGAUCCAAAACAAGAUAAUCCAGCGAAAAGACCGCGAAAGUAGACACACACACACACACACACACCAAAGGUGAAGUACAUAUUGGAAUUGACUUUGCUCACUGAACAUUCUCCAACGGGUUAACUCCGAGUUAUCGUGUAUUCGAACAGGGUAGCUGUUCUUGACAAGCAAUCUAAUCUCGUUCUUUUUUUUUUAUAAUUUAAAUAUUCGUAGAUGUGAGUUUUUAGUGAUGAUUGUCAAGAUUGUACCAGUAUUAGAUGAAAUUAGUUGUAUAUUUAUCAAGGUUAGUUUUGUAGGAACUAGUAUAGAGCAACACACGAUGGGGUUUAUUUAUUAGUGUAAUUUGUACCUAAACUUUUCAAAUCAAUUUCAAGAACUACAAUUGAAGAA